CACCAGAAUUAUUUCUUCAUUGAUUUGAAGAUGAUAUCAACAAACUUUUUCAAUCAUGGACCAAAACCCCACUUCCAUAAUCACUUUAUUAGGCUCUAAUCUUUCCCCAAAUCCAAACAAAUACCAUGGAUUUCCCUCCAAAUUGUUUCAAGGGGUUUACUUCAUCAGAAGAGUAUGCGUUGAAGGAGAUGAUGAUGAUGAGAGGGGGUUGUGGAAGGACGACUUCUUCGUCUUCCUCAUUGGUGUUGGAUAGUGAAAGGGGAGAGAUAGUGAGGGCUUUGGUGCGUCCUGGAACUAUUCAUCAUCAUCUUCAUCCUCAUUCUCAUCAGCAUCAUCAUCAGCGUCAUCAUCAAAAGGGGGCAAAAGCAGAGAAGGCUUUAAUGGCUUUGAGGAAUCAUAGCGAGGCUGAGAGACGGCGGAGAGAGAGAAUUAACGGUCAUCUCUCGAUGCUUCGUAGCCUCAUUCCAGGCACUAAUAAGAUGGACAAAGCAUCGUUACUUGCCGAAGUUAUCUCCCAUCUGAAGCAACUGAGGAGGAAUGCUACAGACACCACUAAAGGUGUUCUCAUACCAAUGGACAUUGAUGAAGUAAAGGUUGAACAACAAGAUGAUAACAGUUUGGAUGGAUCCUCAUACUCCAUAAAGGCAUCUCUAUGUUGCGAAUAUAAACACGAGGUCCUUUCUGAUUUAAAGGAAGCUCUUGAUGGCCUCCAUCUAAAAACAAUUCGGGCAGAAAUUGCAACUUUAGGAAGCAGGAUGAUGAAUCUUUUUGUAAUUACUGGUAGCAAAGAUGACGUAAACAUCAAAGAUGUCAUGAGUUCUGUACGACAAGCGCUUAAAUCUGUACUCGAUAAAUUCUAUGCUUCACAGGAGUUCUCUGAAAGCAAUACACUUUCAAACAAAAGGCGUAGGAUGUCUUUUUUUACCCCUUCAAACUCAUCUUCUUUAGAAGACUUCUGGUGAAUGAGGUGAUAUCUUGGAAUAGACCAGUGUGUUUAUAUUUUUGGGCAUACGAAAUCGUUUUACAUAUUCCAUUUCUGAUUUACAACAGAAAGUUAUAUGUACAUGAGUGAUGCAUAAUGUGUAUGUUGGACAACUUACUGCAAGUUUAGUUGUAGAUAGUGAAAUUUUUACUUGGAUCCCCUGUUCAUCAUUCUUAUGCUCAUGAUGAUGUUAUAUAUGUUAUUUGAAUUGGAUUUUUAAUUCGCAUGUCUUCAUUAUGAAUGAUUUGUACCUUCUGGAACAUUGACUAAGAACCGAUGAUGUUCCUUGUGUA